AUGACCUCACAGAAGCGGGCUCUCAAUGCAAAGGCCAAGAUAGCAACAGUUUCAUUUCUGUUGGAAUGUACACCUCUCAUUCGGGCGGCAAUGGAAGGACAUGUCGAUGCUGCAAAGGUGCUUUUGAAACGAGGAGCGAAGGUGGACCAGACGGAUACGAAAAAGGGUUGGACGCCCCUGAGUUGGGCCGCCCGGAAUGGCCACGACGAAGUUGUGAAGCUGCUGCUUGCAGAAGGGGCAUCCGUGGAGAAAGCAUCAAAUUCCGGCAGAAGCCCCUUGAUGUGGGCAGCCCACAAUGGCCACGAAGAUACUGUACAUCUCUUGAAAACCCAUGAUGCAUCUGUCCAUGCUGCUGACAACGAUGGCCGUACUGCAUUGAUUCUGGCAGCGUCCAAUGGCCAUGAGUCCAUAGUCGAGGCGCUGUCGCGCAUGGGAGCCAACAUCGAUGCAGUGUCCAAGGAUGGCCGCACUGCAUUAAUGUUGGCGGCAGUCAAAGGUCAUGAGGCCGUGAUGGAGGCGCUGCUGGACAUGGGAGCUACCAUUGAUGCAGUGUCAGAGGAUGGCCGCACUGCUUUGAUGCACGCAGUAGCCAGUGCUCGAGAGGGUGCGGUGGAAACCCUGUUGAAGCGCCAUGCAAAAGUGCACAUCGCUGACGAGGCUGGAGAAACUGCGUCGAGUCUUGCAAGAAGCGGGAAGAGCAAGGGGAUCGUGGACAAGAUUCAGAAAUGCAUAGAAGCGGAAGACAAUCAGGAACCAGACGGCCCGUCGUGA